UCCACAUUCAGUAGUUUUCCAAGAUUAAUGGCCCUGGCAGACAAAAGAUAAGAGAAAAUCAGAUAGCAGCAAUGGGAAUGACAAGGUUAAUGGCUAGAGCAUCCGCAACAGACAGGUUGUCUGCAUUAUCAGAUGAUGUUCUUUUAGAUCAUAUUUUCACAAAGAUUUCUUACACAGAUGUUAUACGCUCCUCCAUCCUCUCUCAGAGAUGGCGAUUCUUGUGGAGGAAAACACCCAUCCUCAAGUUUUGUCGCCAGGAUUUUGAGAAACAAAAAGAUGACAGGAUACUCGCCAUAAUUAACAAUGCCCUGCUCCAUCUCGAUGCUCGUCUUCUCUAUUUCAAUCUUCGAAUCGCCCUGGAUGAUCCCAAGGCUGCCGAUAUCAACACUUGGAUUCGACUUGCAGCUGAAAAAAAGGUUGAACGCAUGGAGCUACACAUCUCUUAUAGAGAUCCAAAUAGGACUCUUAACGCUUCUACCAUAGUGGAGCUUGGAGAGACUGUUUUUAGGUGUGAAAACCUCACUGCCCUAGUACUGAAAUCCAUCAAUCUUCCCAUGAUACCCAAUAAUUUUGGGGUUUUCCGAUCCCUCAAAAAACUUUAUUGCUGGGGUAAUUUGAAUUUGGAUGAUGCCAUGUUUGAGCAAUUCAUGGCCGUCUGCCCACAUCUCCGAAAUUUGGGGAUUGGCGGUUGUAGGGGGUUGAGAAACUUGAUUAUACGUUCUUCCAAUCUCAUGUACCUACAACUAACAGUUCUAAGCCCUGGUUUAUCAUUGCAGAUAGCUUGUCCCCGUUUGACAGAAAUUAGCCUCAUCGAUUGGGGGCCAUGCUCGGGGCUUAAAUUACUACAAGGAAUUUCAAGAUCAGAAUCCAUUAAACGUAUUAUAAUACAUAGCAUGCUGUGAAUCCAGAAAUUCCUAGUAUUAUUGUUCUUAACAGUUUUCCUUGGCUUGAAGAGUUGACAAUCCAUGGCCAAUGUUUCCAGGAGAUGAUAUCUGAUGAGAUUCCAGUUCCAAUAGCAGGGUUGACACUACCAAAUUUGAAGAUGGUGCAUGCCCACAUUGGACAUUGGACAUUGGACGAGACAAUGAUGGAAAAGCAGUGACGUUUCUGGGUUUUCUCCCCAUAAAUAGUCCAUUAACUGUAACAAGGGUCUUUCUGCCUAAACGUUGCCCUAGGAACAUGCGAAUUAAAUUGAAAGAUUUGGAAAAUGAGUUCUCAAAAUCAAGAUUGUCCACUGCCACAAGAAGAUGGUCAAUGAAUCCAAAUAAAGCUUGCAAAUUUUGUGGAAAACGCGUUGAAUAUUAGUAACAAGUUAGAAGAAUUUGGAUAACAGUUUUUAUUUUCUUUUAUGAUA